CAUCAGUUUGUGUUUCGCGCUCGUUUCGAAUGCAGCGCCCGUGUUUGUUUUGAGAUGCCGUUGUUUUCGGAACAUAUCUCCAACAUGUAUUAUACACCCACGUACACCAGCCUCCCUUACAGUUAUAGUUCACCUUACGGAAGUUCUUAUAGUGCUUCGUAUUUGAAUCCUGGUGGAAAUUACAGUAGUCAUUCAUCAAUAGGUGGAUAUUCCAGGACACCGAUAUCGUCGAGAUGGAUUGGUGGGAGGUCAUACGCGCCUAUGUUGAGUACUAUAUCAGAAAAAGGUACAAGUAGCCCAGUUAGAAUAAGUAGUCCUAGAAGAAUACCGGUCACAACUAGAAGCUAUACGACAAGUUAUUAUCCAACCACUCGGCCUAUAAACAUUAACACAGCGGAUAUCGAUGUUUCAAGUGACAGAUAUCGUAACAAAUUACAAAGUUCAAGUAGUCCAAGAAGUGUUUCUAAACGAAGUCCAUCUAUUGAAAGAGAAAUUAACUCCAGCACGUCACAAGUUACUGAUAAACCAAAAACUGGCGUGGAUACAUCGCCUGGAAAACAACGCUCAACCAUAAAACGCGAUAGACCUGUUGUAAGAUUACACACCGUAAAAAGAAAAGAUAGAGACUCACCUCGAAAGCCGGUAGAUGCAUCGCCGCUCUCUCAAUAUAAUUCAUUCACAUCCGAUGAUAAAACAAAAGAAAUUGAAAAGUCAGAAGCUGUCAAAUGGAGGGAGCGAUUAGCCGAAGACUUAGAAUACAAAGAUAAGAAAGAAAAGAAGUCAAUUGCAGAAAAGUUAGUAGAAAAAUUUACGCUUAAGGUAGAUAUUGAUACAGAAACUAAUAACAAUGAAGUUAUAAAUACCGUUACAGAGCCCACAAAUACAGAAUGUAAAAAACAACCUGCCGCUAUAUCUAGUCGACGUUUUUCAAUGGAGAUGUUAGCUGAACAAUCUACAUUGCUUGAUUCCCUAAUAAGGAGAGAGAAUUUAAGUACUGCUUCAUUAGAUUUAAGUAAGAUUGGAACUGAAAAAGAAAAUCUGGGUGAAAAUGAUAUUAAAAAAAGAAAAUUUGUACAAACCAAUCCUAUUACAACAACAAAGUCUGAUCACUCAUUGAAUUGUAGAAGCGACAUUUCAAAAAAAUUAAAAAAUUCAAUAAAUAAAAAAAGUUUAAGAAAAUCUUCAUCAGGCGAUAGUAUAUGUAAAUUUAAUAUAUCAUCUGAAAUAAUUAAAAAUUUGAAAAGUGACAAUUUACCAACAAUUGACGAAAAAGUGUUACGUAAUAAAAACAAUAAUCAAGAAUCAAAAGACAAAACUAUACAAAAACAAAGAAUAACAUCAAGCGUUGACGUUUCCAGUCCAUUAAAAUUUAUUGUUGAGAAUGUAACAGUAGAAGAAAAACCAUUACAAAGAAAAAAAGACAUAGUAUACAGUAGUGUUAUAGAAGAAAGUUAUGCACCAAAUAAUUGUUCAGAAGUCAUAAAAAGUGAACCGAUAGAAAUCAUUAAACUGAAAAUCAAGCCAAAGCCUGAAGAGAUUGAAAAUAUAAAAACUCUCGAGUCACCAGAGCCAGAAGAUGGCAACUUUUGGAACAAAAUUGGCAAAAGAGAGACUGUGUAUUUAAUGCAAAGAAAACAAGAAAUAGAUAAGAAAAUGGAGAAAAACAAACGCUUAGUAUUUUGGUUUCCCGAUGUUGAAGAUACGAAAUUAGAAAGUGAUCAAGAACAAAAAGAUACCUCUAAUAUAAAUAUUCAAAAGGAAAUCGAUAAUUUAUCUAUUCAAUUUAAGGAUGUUGUGGAAAGGGAUAAAAGUAAAGAAGAUGCUCAAUCUUUAAGCUUUUUAGUUGAUCCUGUCAAUAAGACACUGGAUGAAAUAACUUUAUCUGACGAAGUUAGAGAAGAUAAAAAUGUUAAACUCAAUAAAGAUAAAAACACACAGGCAGGCGCUGAUGUUGCAUUCGAUAUUGACUCAGUAAGUAAUACAAAUAACUUGGUGGUUUCAAAUAUAAACAAACAGGUAAAAAUGGAAAUAAAAAAUGGAGAAGCUCUAGAAUUAUUGCCUAAUGAUUUUGAAAAUAAAAUACUUAAUAAAAUUCCUGAAUUAGUCGACAUAAAUACAAAAGCAGAUACAUUACAUAAUACUAAGCCUAAAUCUGUUCAAAAAAUACGGAAAAGCAAAGAAAAGUUAAGUGGAAAUAGUUUAAAAUGUAAGUAUUCUGACAAAAAUAGUUCUAAGUCAAAAGAAGUCCUCAAGAAUGAAGAAACAAAUCCCAAUGAUUCUAAUAAAGAUUACUUAAGCACUCAAAAAAACAUCCUAUUGUCAGAAACAAUUGUAAAACCUAAAGAUACAAUCAAAGGAGAAAAGCAAAUGGUCAAUGUUGUAGAGACAUCGGAUGAUUUUGGAAAAUCGAAACCAGUAGUUAUUGUCAACUUAGAUAUAACGCAAUCCAAUGCUAUACUAUCAGAAAAAACGGAAGACAACAGAAACUGUCCAAAAUCUUCAAAUAAGAAGAAUGUUUUACAUCGCAAUUCAAAACGAGUCAGUGUUAAGAAACCGGUAGAAGACAUGAAUUUAUUAUUAACUAACAAAAGACUUGUGAAAGAUGUACGGGCUCCAGUACCUCUUAUAGCAACUCCACGUCCACUUCAAAAAAAGAAUGUACAAGUUAUCCGUUCGUCUAGUUCAUCAGAAUCAUCGUCUUCAGAUGAAUCUUCAGAAGAAGAAGAGUCCAGCGAAAGUUCAAAUGAAUAUUACGAAACUGAAAAUAAUCUCGAUGGGAGAACUUCCACGGGUUCCAAUGACUCUGGAUUUGAUUCAUCAGCUCCAGUCUCACCGUCGGGAUUUAGUUACGUUAAGAAAGACUGUGAUGUAAACUGUCACCGAAAAUGCGAAAAAUUAACAGCAAACUUGUGUGGAGUAAAUCAGCGAUUAUUAGUGGAGGCUCUGGGAUCGCGUACAGCUUCAAAACGAGGUGCUGAUCACCCGAGUACAUCCUCUGGGACCGCUAAUGCGCAGUCCAACACGUACAUCGUUGAACAAGAGUUGGAACAAUCGACCGCGUAUGAAAUAUUCCGAAAGACUGGAAGAUUUACACCACCUGCUAGAACUAUUCCUCGCUUCAGAAAAUAUACUAUUGAUGACUUCCAAUUUAUCAAAGUUUUGGGCAAAGGCAGUUUUGGCAAGGUAAUGCUUGCUGAAUUGCGAGACACUGAAUACUAUUACGCAGUGAAGUGUCUGAAAAAGGACGUGGUUUUAGAAGACGAUGAUGUUGAAUGCACUUUGAUCGAGAGAAAAGUUCUCGCGUUGGGCACAAAUCAUCCGUACCUUUGCCAUCUCUUUGCGACUUUCCAGACUGAUUCACACCUUUUCUUCGUGAUGGAAUAUCUGAACGGAGGUGACUUGAUGUUCCACAUUCAACAGAGCGGAAGGUUCCCGGAACCAAGAGCUAGAUUUUACGCAGCAGAAAUUGUUUCAGGACUCAAAUUCCUCCACAAAAGAGGAAUCGUUUACCGUGACUUAAAGCUGGAUAAUAUUUUGUUGGAUUUCGACGGUCAUGUGCGCAUAGCAGACUUUGGCAUGUGCAAACUGCAAAUAUAUUUGGAUAAAACGGCAGAUACUUUCUGUGGAACACCAGAUUACAUGGCGCCAGAGAUAAUAAAAGGGCUCAAAUACAAUCAAGCAGUAGACUGGUGGUCGUUCGGCGUACUUCUUUAUGAAAUGCUGAUUGGUCAAAGUCCAUUUAGCGGGUGCGAUGAAGACGAAUUGUUUUGGUCCAUUUGCAAUGAGAUGCCAAGCUACCCACGCUUCUUGUCUUCGGAAAGUCUUAGCAUAUUGACGAGGCUACUGGACAAAGACGCGCGUACCCGACUGGGAGGAGCAGAGUGUAUGCAUGGUGAUAUAAAAGAUCAAGAAUUCUUCCGGCUGAUAACUUGGGAAAAACUUGAAAGGAGAGAGCUCGAAACCCCGUUCAAACCGAAAGUGAGGCAUCCGCUAGACACGCAGUAUUUUGAUCGAGCGUUUACGGGUGAACGACCGCGACUGACGACAGUGGAGCCGCAAGUUCUGCGCACAAUGGACCAAGAGCCAUUCAGAGGAUUCUCAUACACGAACCCCAAUGCUACUGAUCGUUGAUCAUUUUUAUAAUCAUAAUUUAGGUAUUGCCUGUAAUGCAAAAAAAAAAAACGGACAGAUUAUCAGAGAGAUACCAUAUAUCUAAACAAUUUGUUGUUUUUCCUAUUAUCGUGCGCAAAGUUCGAUUUUGCGCAUGCAUUUUCGUUCGCAAAGUACCACUUUCCCACACGUUGACAUGAGCGUGCGGGAAUGGUUGAAAAUAAUUAUAGAGGUCGAACUUUGCGCAAUUUAAUAGGAAAAAUAGUAUACGAUACUCGUGCGCACGUAGGUCAUCCUUUGUACGAUGUACUUUGCGCACUUGUAUCGUAAUGUACUAUUACAGUGAUAUCCCUCACUUCUGGGAUUAUACAAAUUAAAUUUGUAACCAAAAUUUUUGAGCGAGAUUGCAAGACAAAUUUUUCCUUAUAUGCAAUUAUUGGGGUUUAGCAGGUAUCAACUGCAUAGUAGAUCCUGUAGAUGAAGUUGAACAAGACAUACCAAGAUUUACUUUCGAUGCGACACUCGGACGGUUAGCUCAGUUGGUAAGAGCGCUCGAACGGAACCGGAUUCGAGGCCCGCGUAGCCAAAAAAUUUUGGUUACAAAUUUAAUUUGUGUGAGAUACCAUAAUAUUAUAUAACGUCAUAUUAUGUCUAGGGCAUUAUAGUACAUUGUGAUUUUUUAGUACCUAUGCACUUGACAAAAAGAAAGUUGAUAGUUUUAAUAUUCAACUGUGCAUCACUUAAGUAAAAAUGCGAGAUAGAAAAUGAGAACAACAUCAGAUUUUAACUAGGCAUUGAGGCUUAGCUAUAUUUUUGGCCAUCCCAUGAUGAUUGAAAAUAGAUUUUAUAUUGAAGAUUUUUACCGUUUUUAUUCCUCGUGUUAAGAAUUGCAUAGAAACUCUUCGUACAGAAUAUUAACUUUAAAAACCUACCUAUUUUUUAUUUUUUGUAGAAUAUGUUAAUAAUUUAGAGUUGUCGGUAUUUAUCAAAUACUCACGUUUUUUGAUUAAGUAAUUACUUAGGUUAUUUUUUUACAUGUUAAUAAUUAUAUUCUACAGUUUCUUAGGAAUGUUUCGUUAUGAAUUUCGCUUUUAGUUUGUACAUAUCA